AUGGCAAAAGACCAUGACCAAGGUCUACUUUUGGUGGACGACCAACUGAGACUUGGUUUGGGUGAAUUGGCCCGCUACCAAAUUACUGUUGACACAAGUUGCGAAUCUUGGAAGCAUUUCCGCGAUUCUCAGAUUCACCUUACGUUCAAGAAUACGGAGAGCGCCCUUUUGAGACCUGUAUAUUUGACAGGCCCGUAUUCGUUCUAUGUUGAUGUACAGCCGCACAAUUUCAACGAGUUUGAGAGGUUUGACGAAGACAUUCAAUUUUUCGAUGAUGUUAAACCCAACGAUAUUUAUCGUGCGACGUUGAAAUUCAAUGAUAACUCUAAAAUCAAAGGAACUGAAAAGUAUGCUUGGCAGAUUAAUAUCUGCUCACAAUUAUCUGUAACGAAAAUUCCUACGCUUGGAUAUAGGCUAUGCGUGAGCACCAACAAGACUCAUGAAAUGCCGCGGAAGUCUUUAGAUUCUGUGAGAGGUUUUAGUUGCGAGAAGUGGGAUACACACAGCUUGUGGGAUUCUCCUCCACGCUUUCCAGAUCGACCAGUUCACUUGGUUAUUCUUACACACGGAAUAUUUUCUAAUAUAGGCUGCGAUCUCUUGUAUCUAAAAGACAAGAUAGAAAGUACAUGUAGGGCCCAUAGUGAGACCGAAACGUCAAAUGUCAUUGUAAGAGGUUAUACAGGCAAUCAAGGUAGGUCUUCAAAAGGUAUAAAGGCAAAUGGGAUAAGGAUGGGCGACUACGUCAUUAAUACGAUCGACGAACUGAAGGAACUUUUCAACCUCAAAUAUAUUUCAUUUGUAGGCCAUUCUCUCGGUGGUCCUACUCAAUCUAUGGCACUACGCUACAUCUGUGUCAAAAGGCCGGACAUAUUUGAUGAAUGCACCGGUCUGACGCCAAUACAUUUUAUAACCUUAGCGAGCCCUUAUUUAGGUGUCGCCGGAGAGGUCCCGCCCUUCGUCACAAUCGCUUUGGACAUAGGAGUUUUAGGUCAAACUGGUGCAGACCUAAAUUUAAAUCGAUCUUUUUUCAUGUCAAAUGAAGGGCUCGUCAAAAAAGGUGAGCAUCUUGGCCACUACAAGUAUAGACCGCUUCUCGAAAUUAUCCCUUCUGAGCCGGUAAUUAAUUUGAUAGAAAGAUUCGAGAAUCGAACAACCUAUGCAAAUAUCCUUCACGAUGGGAUCGUUCCACUCAGGACAGCAGCACUACUUUAUUUGGAUUGGCAGGGAUUAGGUGAUGUUAGAGGUGUCCGAGAAGCUGGAGGGAAACAAGAUGAGGGAGGUCCUGACAGUUCUAAGAAGAAUGACACAACUGGAGAGAUUCCGGAAGAAAAAAUGGAUAAGAAGUCGGCGCUCAAGUAUAUUAUGCCACAAGCCGCUUUGAGACGGGGAUAUAAGAGGUAUCAGAGAACUCAAACCCGAACCUUUUCAUCGUCGGAAAGCGGAGCAAAGACCCAGGACAAUCAUCCGAUAACCCCACCUCCCCAUGCUAAUCCGCUUACUUCAGCGGCUAAUAUCAUUGUUGCGCCUUUACCGACUCAAGAAUACCUUCGGGAUCCAAGUGUCAGAAAAGACGAGAUAAUACAUGACAAGGUAUAUGCACCAGAUGAAUUGCCUCCAGCACACUAUCACAAGCGGGAUCUUUUAAAGAAAAUCAUCUAUCCCAAUGACAGAAUAUACAGGGUUCAAGAAAGGAUCGCAAGACAGUGGCAAGAAACUGCUUCCUGGAGAAAAGUUUUGGUUAGCGUCGCCCCUGACUCUCAUAAUAAUAUUGUGGUCCGUCGCAAGUUUGUCAACGCAUUCGGUUGGGUCGUUGUGGAUCAUUUAGUUAAAAAUCACUUUGGUGGAGGUAAACGGCUGCAAGACGAGAGAAAAUAA